AUGACAAAGCAUGGCGGUCCCAAAGCGCGCAUUGAGCUCUUCGCUACCAGUUUUGCUAAUGGUGUGCAAUCUAUAUUCGACGGCAUGGCACCCAGGGUGAUUAUCCUGGCUGGUCUUCCGCCUCGCAGCUCUCUGAAUUGGGAGGAAUCGGAGCUUCUUCAAGCACCACUCCCGCCGCCUUACUACACGAAGCUGGUCGAAGAGUCCGACUCACCAGUGCGAUGGCGGUCGCUAGCGCCGAUGAAUGUUCCUACCAUCAAGCCUCCCCUUGAGGGAGCGUCGUUCUUUAUGAUGCGAUCCAUUCAACGAUACUCUGGAAACCCGAUUGACCUCAAGGCAGAUGACGAGCUAUCGAAUUUCUACGACCACUCCUUUGCUGUUCACGAGGGAAUAAGCGGUUCGCUUUUGAGCGAUACUAUAUCGUUUACGGAUGACUCCGAACUUACACCUAGCUUUGGGGAGGAAAGCCUUAACAAUUCGUUGUCGAGGCGCCCGAACCAGCCUUGCGAGCGCUACACAGAUGGACGCCGUACACAAGGCCAUUGGAGCAACCUUGGUGAUAUCCCUCGUGCAGCCUAUCUAGAAUCUGUGGCUCCCCAGAUCGUAACCGUGAACCUUCUAGCUGCGAUCCUCACCAUCCAACCGCGACGCCGGGUCCGAACGCGCUGGGGGCGUGAGAUGGAUAUCGUAGAGAUACUGGUUGGCGACGAAACAAAAAUCGGAUUUCGUGUGAGUUUCUGGGUGCCAGUGUCAAAUGAGCACGCCGUUAGCGCCCCCGGGUCGCUAGACGCGUCUCUCAAGGUACUCCGGCUUCGCGACGUGAUUUUUAUUCGCUCCCUCGCCCUGAGCUCCUUUUGCGGACAAGUCUAUGGCCAGAGCUUACGGCAGGAGACGACCAAGGUCGAUAUUUUGGAUCGCGAGUCGGACCCUACCAUCGAAGCGGAAGAUGCUAAUGCCGCUGGUGGCAACACGGCAGAGGCGAAUUGGGCCGAUCCGCAAACGAAAAAGAUCCGCCGGGUCAGGCGCUGGAUACGGAACUUCGUUGCGCCCGGCACGGCUGUAGACGAAAACGCAUUCAGGUCUUUCACGGCAGCCGCCCAGCUCCCUCCAGACACACAAUAG